AUGGCCUUGAACCACCCUACUCAGACGUACACCCAUCCGAACAAUCAGCUACCUCUCUUCGGAGCUCAUCAGAUCUCGCCGGCCGAUUCUGCUACGAACAGUCCGAAUAAUGCCUCACCUACUUCUCCUCGAUCACACACUCCUCUACAAUAUCAUGUACCUGGUCAAGUCCGUCAACUGAGACCCAUGAAAUCGCCCCUUUAUGUUCCUGCUGCCCUCCGUCCUACUGAAAGACCCAACAAAAACCCACCCACAACACCCCCGAAGAGCCUGCACGGCUCGCUGGAGAGUCUAGACGAUGGAUUCGCAGAUGAUACCAGAAGUGCGCCGCUAGAUCUCGUGGUGGCAAACGAUUGGUUUGCCGAUGAAGAACUUGGGGAAGUCACUGGAGAGCCAACCAGAGAGCACUGGAAGGCAGACCAACAAUCCCCCUCCUGCGACUCCCCCCAAUGCCGCUCCAACUUCAACCUCUUCACCCGCCGCCACCACUGCCGCCACUGCGGCCACAUCUUCUGUUCCGACCACAGCGCCUUCAUCAUCCCGCUAAACCAGGAAGCCCGCUUCCACCCCGACGGCAUCCCCUCCCGCGCCUGCGAUACCUGCCAUCGGCACUACCAAAAAUGGGAUACCGCGCGCAGUGUGCGGAGAAGAAACAGCGCCGACGGUACGAGCCAGGAUGACGGAUCCAGCAGGAUGGACUUUCCCACCGCUGGCAAAUCAGGCCUCGUAUCGCAGGGUCGGAGUGCCGGUGGUGGUGGGGGGAACUCUUCCGAGCAGACGGUGGGCAGCGUGCCCAAGGAUUGGGCUUGGAGCACGUUCUGA